AUGAUGGCUGUAACACAAUUCUUUUAUUCUUUUUUUUUCUUCCAUAUUGUUGCUAAUAAUACACCUAAAAACAAACAAAAUGAGAGAACUGACUUUGAGUCUGUGAAAUUGCAAUCUAUCUAUCUAUCUAUCUAUCUAUCUAUCUAUCUAUCUAUCUAUCUCAUUGACAGCAUUACAUAUCGAUUUAUCUCUAGACGUUAUCUCAUAUAUGUCCCUAUCUCACUAAUUUCAUCUAUCUAUCUAUCUAUCUAUCUAUCUAUCUAUCCCAUUGACUUAUUUACAUAUAAUUUCACCAAUAUCUCUUUCUGUUUGUCUAUCUAUUUACCUAUUUAUGUAUUUAUCAUACUGACUUCAUUUAAUACCCCACGGACGUUAUCGGAUAUCUAUCUCAAUGACGUUAUCUAUUUAUCUAUCUAUAAUGAUAAUAAAUAUGUAUUUGCGUCUCACCAUUAG